UUCGUUUCGUUUCUACGUGCGCGUGUGCUCGUUCCUUUGGUAUUAAGCCAACGAAGGCGGCCACCGCGCCGCGCUCUGCGGUUUACUUCCCUCUCCACAUACCGGGGGUUGACUGGAGUAGAGAUCCGUCGGCAAUUCGUUUGAUUCCUCUGUUGUUCGUGCGGCAUGACGAAUCUGCAGCCUUCCCUCUCCUUCGCCGGGGCCUUGGCGGCGUGUACCUCUCCGAUCUGUGGCGGCACAGCCGGCUUGCAGGAAGGCAAUGACAGGAAGAUGGCGUCCGCGGAGCAGCUGGUGCUCGACAUCUGCAACCCCAAACUGCGCGAGAACGCCCUCCUCCAGCUCGCUAAGAUGAGGGAGAUAUGCCAAGAUCUGCUGGCUCCGCUCUUGUGGCACUCGUUUGGUACAAUUGCUGCUCUGCUUCAGGAUAUUGUGAGGAUCUAUCCUGCACUUUCACCGCCAACUUUAACUCCAGGCGCAUCAAACCGGGUUUGCAACGCCCUUGCACUUCUUCAGUGUAUUGCAUCGCACCCUGAGACGAGGAUCCCUUUCUUAAAUGCUAGCAUUCCACUCUUCUUAUACCCUUUCUUGAGUACCACCAGCAAAACAAGACCUUUUGAGUACCUGCGGCUUACCAGCUUGGGUGUUAUCGGUGCUCUUGUUAAGGUCGAUGAUACUAAGGUUACCAGUUUUCUUCUGCAAACUGAAAUAAUUCCUCUGUGCCUGCGUACCAUGGAGAUGGGCACUGAGCUAUCAAAAACCGUGGCUACCUACAUUGUACAAAAGAUUAUGCUUGAUGAUGUUGGACUGUCCUACGUCUGUGCCACCCCUGAGCGUAUGGUGUCCGUGGCCACUAUUUUAUCAAACAUGGUAGUUUCACUUGCUGAUCAGCCUUCCAAAGCCACGAGAUUGCUCAAGCACAUCAUCCGAUGUUACCUCAGGUUAUCAGAUGAUCUCAGGGCCCGUGCUGCACUGGGACAUUGCCUUCCUGCCGCGCUGAAAGAUGGGACAUUCAGUGACUGUCUUUUAGAUGACCCGGCAACUAGGCGCUGCCUCCAGCAACUGCUGCAUAAUGUGACGGACGGACGAGGCAUAGGAGAAGCUCCUCAGCUAGGCCUAGAUCACAUAAUAGGGAGAUAAAUAGUUCAGUAGUUCAUGCAAUUCACAAUAGUAGCUAGUAUGGCGUAUUGAUACAAGUGCAUAUAAUAAUUGAAUUAAAACA